AUGACCGCCUCUUCCACCCCGCGGGGUACUCUCGAUGCCGCUCGCAGGCCCGCCGCAGGUCCAAUGGCUGCAAGAGGAGCCACCAUGAAUCAGGACAUCGCAGCAAAGAUGAGGGCCUUUACAUUGUCAAGAUCAGGACCAGCGAUGCCAGGUCCCAAUCGUGGCGCCGUCACUCCUAAUGUGCAGUCUCCCGGUCCGGCAGUGGCAGGCUUUCCUUCGAAUUUCAGGCUGCCGCCUCAGCUGAAUCGCCCAAACGCACAAAGCACCGCUUCGUCACCUGCUGUACCCGCAGCUAAUGGUCCCGCGAAACCAUUGUCGCUUGCCGAGAAGCGUGGGUUGAAAUUGCCUGGUGGUCUACCUGGUGCCUCGCCCGCCGCUCCAGCCGCAGCACCUGCUGGAAGACGGAGGCCUAACAUGAAUCUGUCCGACAUGGGUGGUGGACCAUCUGCCGAUAACAAAGACGCCGCACCGCCGGUCCAACAAAACCAGAGUCAGAUGGAGAAGUAUGCCGAUAUGAUUGACACCAAGACUGGAGCGUUGAAAUUCAAGGGAAGGGCGACCGUGCAUGGAGAAGGCAUCGACUUUGAGUCAGGAAAGAGCUUCAGUAUAAGUCUGGACGAGGUGGACACAUUGGAUGAGCUGGGAAAGGGAAACUACGGCACGGUAUACAAGGUUCGACAUGCACGACCGAAGUUUCGGAAAACAGGUCAAGGUCUGGCCGGAAACAAAGCACGCGGAUUAACGGCGAAAGACCACGAAGAUGCCAGUCCAGCAUCACCGACAAGAUCAGACGCCAUCGAGACACCUACAAGUGCGACCACGGCUCAAGCGUUUGGUCGAGGAGGCACCACUGGAAUCAUCAUGGCCAUGAAGGAAAUGCGUCUGGAGCUGGACGAUGCCAAGUUCCAGUCUAUCAUCAUGGAACUGGACAUUCUCCACAGAUGUAUCUCCCCUUACAUCGUCGAUUUCUACGGCGCUUUCUUCCAAGAAGGAGCCGUGUACAUAUGCAUGGAAUUCAUGGACGGAGGGAGUGUAGACAAGUUAUACGGAGACGGCGUUCCGGAAGGCGUGCUGCAAAAGAUCACAUACUGUACCACCCUCGGAUUGAAGUCGUUGAAGGAAGAGCACAACAUCAUCCAUCGGGAUGUCAAGCCGACCAACAUCCUGAUCAACACGAAAGGACAAGUCAAGAUUUGCGACUUUGGCGUUUCCGGAAACUUGGUGGCCAGCAUAGCUAAGACGAACAUCGGCUGUCAGUCAUACAUGGCACCAGAGCGGAUAUCAAGCGGCGGUCAAGUCACAGGCGGUUCGGGCGUGGGAAGCUACAGCGUACAAUCCGACAUCUGGUCGCUAGGCCUGACAAUCAUCGAGUGCGCACUGGGCCGGUACCCAUAUCCACCCGAGACCUACGACAACAUCUUCUCCCAACUCUCGGCCAUCGUCGACGGUGACCCACCCGACCUCCCCUCCGACACCUUCUCCGAAGCCGCCCGCGACUUCGUCGCUGGCUGCCUCAACAAAAUUCCCAAACUCCGGCCCACGUACCCAAUGCUCCUCCAACACGCCUGGCUGGCGACUCUCGCGCAACCGGCGACGAUUGUGGAGGAAGACGAAGAAGCCGCCGAGGCCGCCAUGGCGAAUGGAGAGCCUCUGGAGCAGACGACUUCGGAGCCGUCACAGGGUGGAGUUGAUCAGGGUGGAUUUGUGGACCGCGAGGUGGGAGAGUGGGUUAUUGCGGCGAUUGAGAGGAGAAGAAAUGGCACGAUGGGGAAGAGUGCGAAGCCGGCGUUGCAUGCGGCGCCGUUGGAUGCGGUUGAUGCGGUGGGGAGUCCGGCUGCAGGUGGGCCGACGAGGAAUGAAGAAGCGGUGGCGGUGUGA